UGCUCGCAUCUCUCUCGCCAGCCAGUGCCGCGCCGACAGUCCACGACACUGGCUGUACGCUUUUAAACUCUUUGCCUCAAACCUAUAACGUGAAUUAAAAACAAAACUUAUCGAAACAUAUCGGCGAUAAAAUUCGAAAUUCAAACCGAUGUUUUUAUUGUUAAUCGAAAUGUUACAAUAAAGAAGCGGGUGUGGUGUCAAGUGCGUGGUUGCGACAGGCGGACGCGUGGCGGAACAUAAAAACAAACUUUUCGUCUCUUGGUGAGAAUGGUCCUCGACAACAAUUAAGUAGUCGGUAAAAGUGAGUGUUGUGUUGUGCGACCGAGCGUCUGAAUGUACCUGCGGCCUGUCCAACUGGGAUUCAUUUAGGAUUUACUAUGUUGAAAUUGGAGUCCCCGGCGGUGCGGCUGGCGGUGGCGGCGCCGCCCGACGCCGGCGUGCUCGCGGUGUACUGGGCCGAGUACGACCUGCAGGGCAGUGCCGACGACGACAACCACUAUGAAGAAGGCGAGUUAGAGACAGAAUGGCUGCAGGCGGCCGGCCUGGGCUCGCUGGCCGCGCCCUUCCAAGUGGGGCUAGAGGUGACAGAAGCGGAGCUGGGCGAAGCAGUCCGCGUGCUGCCGCGCGAGCAGGCGGCGGCGGUGCGGCGGCGCGUGCGCAGGCUCAACCGCACCGUGCGCCGCAAGCGCGCCGCCAGCCGCGCGCGCAAGCCCGACAUCAGGGACGUGUUCCGGGAUCUGGAGAACUCGAGUGGCAGCGAGCCGCGGUCCCGCUCGGCGACCCCGGACUCGCUGGACUCGCUGCCCAGCGCCGGCUCCGGCAGUCCCCCGGCCGAGUGGGCCGACCCCGCCACGCCGCCAGACUUCGUCGACAGUUUCCCGCCAGUAGGAACGCACGCGCCGCUGGCCCGCACGCCCAGCGCCCCCUCCCCGCGCCGCUCGCGCCUCUCCCCGCCCUCGCCCCCGCUGCCCAUGCACGAGCUGUUCAAGCCCAACGACCUGCACUGGGCCGAUAUUGCUACUAAUACUGAGGGCAUCGAGCUACUAGGUUACCAAAGAUACGGGACCGUCCAGGGACCGAGGAUAGGGAAGGAACGGAUCAACGGAUCCAUAUUGAAGGACAACGACCCCUUCGUCAAGCACGCGGUGGUGACGCGCGCCAAGAGCGCCGUGUCGCCGCAGCCGCUCAGCUUCGAGCACAAGUUCAACCUCGACCGACAGAUGCAAGACCAUGAGGAGGACUGGCCGGAGGCGGGCAGCGCGGUGGACAUCGAGAGCGUGCCCGAGUCGCAGCUCAAACGCCUGGCGCCGCUGCUGCUUCUAGAACUUACUACGCUGUUCGACAGAUACGGCCUGCCCUUCCACAAGCGGAAACCUACCAAGAAGAAACGGAAAGAAGAGGGCAAUGUAUUCGGCGUGUCCCUCGAGACACUGUUGCGUAAGGACAUGAUCCUCUGGGAGGAGACGUGGAGCUCCGUGCCGAGCAUCGUGCGCGCGCUGGCCGGGGAGCUGCACACGCGGACUAGAGAUGAAGGGCUGUUGAGGGUCGCCGGGAACAAGCAGAAGAUCGAAGCCCUCUGCUCGCUGAUCGAGCGGCACUGGUACACUGACCGCGAGGCGGUGGCGGCGGCGGCGGCGCGUGCCGGCAGCCACGACCUCGCCGCCGUGUUCAAGCGGCUGCUGAGGGACUUGCCGCACUCGCCGCUCACUAACGACUAUAUGCGGCUGUUCUAUCAUACUUAUGCUCUCACCGGCACCACUCAAGGUAGAGCCCUGAACCUGCUGGUUCUGCUUCUGCCGGCGGAACAACGCGCCACGCUGCGGGAGGUCCUGCGGCUGGUCACGGCCAUCGUCGCGCGGAGCGAGGUCAACAAGAUGACGGAGCACAAUGUCGCCAUGAUCGUGGCGCCCACGCUGUUCCCGCCCAAUCUCCUGAUAAAGCAGACGGACAGCCUGGAGACUCAACUGGCUACAGCAGCUAACAGCUGUCACAUCACAGAAGCCUUGAUGCGCUGGUACGAACAACUGUGGAUAGUCCCGCAGUCAUUGCUAACAGCAGCGCAAAGAAAACCGCCGCAACACAGAAGAAACCACCACACCUGAGUGGCCAAGGCCAAUAGACAGUGAACUGAUUUUUAGUCUGUGUGAAAGUGACGUGCAGCCUAUUUUCUAAGUUAAUCUGUGAACUUUUGGCGGGAACGGCGCCAUCUUGUUGAUACAGAUGUGGAGGGAGUGAAAAGGACUUGGAGUGUGAAUUUAAUAAUUUUAUGCAAAAAGCUUCAAGUGGAAGCUUUUUAAAGCAUAGCAUUAUUAAUUUCCCACAGUAAAUCCAAUCAGCGUGAGAUCGAAAAGUAAUGUAAGGAAGGACCAAUAGAUUUAAUAGUAUAUUUUACGGUGCUCACAUUUUAUACAAAGAUAUAUUAUUAUUACUUUUUUAAUGAACAAGUAUGUAUUAUCGAUGUGUGAUGUAUUUCUGUGUAGGUUGUGGCUAUGGAUGCUGGCUAAUUAUUUUAUCUAAAUGAGUUUGUGUGUAAAUUGUUUGUGAGAUUGUUGCAGCAGCAAGUCACAGGUAUGUUUCAGUCAAGUAGUGCUGUGCUUGGUGUUAUUAAUUAUUAUUUAACUUAAAUAGGUACUUUUAUUGAGUGAUAUGUAAUAGAAAAAUGCAUAAAAAUAUACUCCGUGUUAAUUAUAUUUUGUUAUUGCAUUUAGUGUGUGGUAAACAAAUAAAAUGUGAAUGUGAUGCCAAAUAUAUUCAUCAUAUUUCUUUCUUAAGUUUAUUUUUAUUGUAGUGGUAUAUACCUUUAAUUAAGUGAUUAUUACUCUCGAAAUAAUUAUUCCAGUUAUAUUUUAAGGCUGAGCCGAUGUGAGAUGACUUCAUCUAAAAAGUUCUUCAAAAUUAAUAACGACCAUAUUAAAAAUAAAAAUUCUGGUGCCAUUUUUAAAUUAAAGUUACCGUUUCGGCGAAAUUGUGUAAAAAAUUACAACAUGGUACCUUAUUUCGAUAAUGAUUAAAGUUACGAAUGUAUUCCUUCAUUAAGUUACUCCAAGUUAAAUAAUUAUUUAGGCUGUAAAUUUUAUAUUUAACAUUUUUUUGUAUAAUAUCUUACCAAUUACUUUGACUAGACAAGCAAAGACUGACUUGGUGUAUUAUAAAAUGAAAUUAUAUAGCUUAAGGUCUGAAAUGUAUUGUAUUGUACCUCCAAUAAAUAUUAUAAACCAAUUACAAGUAAGAAAAAUCUUU